GCGGUUUCAGUUGGUUAUUUUUAUACGAAGCGGGAAGGAAAUAUGAAUGGUGGUGUGUGCGUUAUCCGAAUUCUCAAUCCCCACCCAUUACCACCAUCUGCCGCCACCACUUCAACGCUAAACCACCGAAUCAAACCCAUCUACGCCAACGCUGCAGAGACUAAUGAGAUUAGGGUUUGCACUAACAGAACAUGCCGGCGACAAGGCUCAAUGGAGUCCCUUCAAGUCCUCUCAGGCAUCGCUCCACCCAAUAUCACCGUCAAUUCCUGCGGUUGUUUAGGUCGAUGCGGGGCCGGACCUAACCUCGUUAUCCUCCCUUCCGCGACCUUUGUGAGUCACUGCGCCACUGCUGCUCGUGCUGCUGAGAUCAUGGCAAUCGUAACUGGUUUUGAUUUGGGGAGCUGGAACAAGAGCCUAGAGGCACUUUCCAUCAGGAAAAAAGCUGAGGUUCAUAUGGAGAAGGGUGAUUUCGCCACGGCUGAGAUUCUGUUAUCGCAGGCCUUAGAUCUUAAUCCAGUUGGUGGAAUUCAUCACAUAUAUAGACACAGGUCUGUUGCACGGUUGGCAAUGAACAAUACGAUUGCUGCUCUUGGGGAUGCCAUAGAAGCUUCUACUCUUGCUCCCAAGAAUCCCCAGGCUUACAUAUGUAAGGGUGAUGCUUUAAUGGCUAUGGAAGAAUUCGAGGUAGCCGGGGAUUCUUACUCAAUGGCUUUAGAGUUGGAUCCUUCUAUCCGUCGGUCUAAAUCAUUCAAGGCUCGAAUUGCAAAGCUUGAGGAGAAACUAUUGAUUCUUGAUUUAUGAUGAGUUUUGUUGUUGUUAGGAGCUACGAAUCAAGAAAAAUGGAAUCAAGAAACUUGAAUAAAAUUAAGUCCC